AUCACUCAAUCAAUUGAUAAUAACAUACACAAUGACCCACCACAAAGUCACAAUUAUUGGAUCUGGCCCAGCUGCCCACACUGCCGCCAUCUAUUUGGCCCGUGCUGAAAUUAAGCCAACUCUUUACGAAGGUAUGCUUGCCAACGGUAUUGCCGCCGGUGGUCAAUUAACCACCACUACCGACAUUGAAAACUUCCCUGGGUUCCCAGAAGGUAUAAAUGGUACCGAAUUGAUGGAAAACAUGAAGAAACAAUCACAAAGAUUUGGUACUGACAUUAUAACUGAAACCAUCUCCAAGGUUGACUUAUCUGCCAAGCCAUUCAAGUUGUGGACUGAAUGGAACGAAGAUGCUGAACCAAUAACUACCGAUGCCGUCAUUAUCGCCACAGGUGCCAGUGCCAAGCGUAUGCACUUGCCAGGUGAAGAAACUUACUGGCAACAAGGUAUUUCUGCCUGUGCCGUUUGUGAUGGUGCCGUGCCAAUUUUCAGAAACAAGCCAUUGGCCGUCAUCGGUGGUGGUGAUUCCGCAUGUGAAGAAGCUUUAUUCUUGACCAAGUACGGUUCCAAGGUUUAUUUAUUAGUUAGAAGAGACCAAUUGAGAGCUUCUACCAUUAUGCAAAAGAGAGUCUUGAACAAUGACAAGUUGGAAGUUUUGUGGAACACCAACGCCGUUGAAGCUAAGGGUGAUGGUAAAUUAUUGAAUGCUUUAACUAUCAAGAACAACAAGUCCGGUGAAACUAAAGAUUUACCUGUUAAUGGUUUAUUCUACGCCAUUGGUCAUGUUCCAGCUACUAAGAUUUUCGAGGGCCAAUUAGACAUGGAUGAAACUGGUUAUAUCAAGACUGUUCCAGGUACCGCAUCCACUUCUGUUCCAGGUGUGUUUGCUGCUGGUGAUGUCCAAGAUAAGAUUUAUAGACAAGCAAUUACCUCUGCUGGUACUGGUUGUAUGGCUGCUUUAGAGUGUGAAAAGUUUAUCUCUGAACAAGAGUAAAUGCACAACACUACUGUAACCUUUAGAAGCAAAGCCUAGCGGCUUUAUGUAAUUAGAUUUGACAUGAAGAGUAUUUUUAAUAUUUAUAUUUUAUAGAACAAUAUUAAUGAAUUAGAAUUUGACU